AUGAUUCCCGUGAACCUCAGUGAAGUGAGUGAAUUCAGACUCCUGGGUUUUUCUGAAGUCUCUCACUUGCAUCCUUUGCUCUUUGUAGUCUUAUUUUCUCUUUAUAUCCUCACCUUGAUGGCUAACACAGUGAUUGCUCUGAUAAUAAAUGGUGAUAACACCCUUCACACCCCCAUGUAUUUCUUCCUCACUCAGCUGUCCUGUUUGGAUAUCUGCUAUUUGUCAGUCAUUGUCCCAAAGAUUCUUGAGAAUCUAAUGGUGGGAACAAUAGGUGUUUCCAAGACAGGAUGUGCAAUGCAAAUGUUUUUCUUCCUUUUCUUUGGAGUUGCAGAAUGUUUUCUCUUGGCUGCCAUGUCAUUUGACCGUUAUGUGGCAAUAUGCUACCCCUUGCACUACACUAUCAUUAUGAACAGUAGAGUCUGCAAAAGCCUGGUUGCUGGAACUUACAUUUGCGGGACUGCUGUAGGCUUAGUACACACCAUCAUAACAUUCAGGUUACCAUUCUGUGGUCUUGCCAUCAACCACUUCUUCUGUGAGAUUCAACCCCUCUUGGAGCUGCUUUGUGGUAACACUUUCCCAAGUGAAAUUCAAGUCAUUGUGGUGGCUGUCUUUGCUAUUGUGUGUCCCUUCUUACUGAUCAUUUAUUCAUAUAUUUGCAUCAUUUCCACAAUCCUUAAGAUGUCAUCAGCUGAAAGCCAGCAGAAAGCAUUUUCCACAUGCUCCUCACACCUUUUAGUUGUGACUCUUUUCUAUGGUACAGCAAGCUCCAUGUAUUUGCGGCCAAAAUCUAGUUACUCUGCACCUGUUGACAAGUUGCUCUCACUUUCUUAUACUGUGGUGACUCCUUUAUUGAAUCCUAUUAUCUAUAGUUUGAGGAAUGAGGAGGUGAAAGGAGCCCUGAGAAAAAGUGUGGAAGUUUUGGGAUAUUCUGAGAUAUCUCAAAAUGGAUAA